AGAGAUUAUAAAAAUGUAUAACCUCGCAUGAUGGUUCAAAGAAAUGGAUAGCUCCAAAAAGUGCAUAGAACAACUUAUCACUUGUAAUGAAUUGAUGGAGAAAUUAGUCUUAAAAUUCGAGAAGAAGCUAGCAAGGUAUUAAUUCUAAUGGCCAAUCUAACAAUUUUACAGCUCUAAGGCCUUAUUUUCCACGAACAAGCUGGUUCUUGAGGAGGAAAGAAAUAUACCUGAGUAAACAGCUCCAUGUGCUCAGAUAUCACACCAAAUUUACUAUACAAAUCUGUGCUUUAUUAAGCCAAAAUAAUAACCAUCAAGAAGCAUACAAAUUCUCUGUGCAAGGUAUGAAGACAUGCAGAGAAUUAGUGAAAUAAGACAUCAAUAUUGAUGCAGCACCAUUUAAAUUUGUUCAAGAGUUCAUCGCAUACAGGGUCUUUGAAUAUGAAUAACCGGAAAAUGUCAGAGCAGCCGAUAAAAAGUCUCAGUAAGGUUUACUCUGAGUCUUUGCUGAACCCUUCUCACAAAACCAGGAAUGUUAAGAUGCAGAAAUCAACUUCCCAGGCAAAUAUUUCUAAGGAUCGGAGUUUGAGGAUCCGAGAGACUAGCCUGGAUUCGAAUAGUGUCGAAAGGAUGCAUACGUUCAACAUAAAAUCAACAAAUCUCUCUUCAAAGGUGUUAAACACUUUGAAGCACAUGACUGGUGGGAAACAAAGCUUCACAAAGUCUUCCUCAAUAAUUUCCAAUCAGAGCAACAGCUCCAAAUGAUACUACGUUGAGGAGACCACUGGGUUGUUGGAGAAAAAUCUGGCCAAAACCUGGCCGACCCUUAAGGACCUAAUCGAGAAGAUGAGGUUCUUCGAAAUUAUCGCACAAAUGACCAUCAAAGAACGGGAUAAAUUCUUGCUCUCCCAAAAAGAAGGGAGUGAGAUCUCGGACUUGCUCAAAGCGUACGGGCUCAGAUAUGAUAACACCCAGGAAAUGAAGCUCCUUGCCAAGAGAUCAAAAGGAUUCGCCAUUAGAAACUCAUUGGGAGUUAAGCACUCAGAAGACUGGAUUUUCAACCUUAAUAUUGGAAAUGUAAUGUAUCUUGCGAAGAUGGAUGAUGAUGAGCUGAACUACCCAACUGAUCGAUACCAUGAGCUCAACAAAGAUGCUCUUCUUGAGAAAUUAAUUUUAAUAUCUUCAUGUUACUUCUGUGUCGCGACAGAGUUAAGAUUCUUAGCAGAUGAUAAGGAAAUGUCCCGAAAUGACCAAUGAGUAUCAAACCCUCAUGCUGAUAUGUGGCAUGCUCAGGGAGCAUAUAUUGCUUCCAAAUUUCUUCCAGAGAAUUGCCCGUUAGUAGAUCACCUAAUCAUGAGCUAUGAGAAAUAUCAUAUAAAAUAAAAGGCCUGAGACUUCUCCUGCUAGCAAGAAAAGUCCUCAGAAUUCUAAGCAAAAGGAUAAACAAGCCUCAUUGAGGUCAAAACUAAUGUUUAAAAAACCAAAAUCUGCCAAGCAAGGAGGCCGGAACGAAUCCACUCUGGGCAAAUCAAAGAGCAUAAAGUUGCUAAAUCUCUACGUUGAGAGGUCUAAAGAUGUCUUCCCUAAAAAGAUGCACCUAUAAAGUUUUGUAAAUAAGAAAUAAAGAACGGAUCAAUAGCAAAAGAGUUAGCUAUAAAGCUAUUUCUAAACUUAAGGGUACCAAUAGUGUCCAGUACCUUACUGUUAAGACUAGCAAGCGAAAAAAUAGCACCUCUAAAGCUCAUUCCAGCAGGUUAAGUAGCACUAAGCGAAGAAAAUCUACUGGCAAGAAGUCUAAGCAGCAUCUUGGCAGGAAUAAAAAGGCCUCUCUAGGCAAGAGUAUCUCUAAGGGAAUUGAGAAUCUUGGAUUUAAGAUAAAGCUUAAUAAUUUCAUCAAAGAUGCCGUCUCAGGAGACCGAAAUUCCACAAAUAAGAUCCUUGCUUCAAAGAAAUCAUCUGUUAAUGAUCGACUACUGAAAAAGAUGACUACUGGCCUUGCUAGUUUUGCCUCUCAGUUCAACCAAAACGUCACAAAAUUGGAAGAUGAAGUGUGCCACGAAGAUGAAGACAUCCACCAACACAAAGGUAGAAAGAAGGUGUCCUGACAGCCCUCCCAAAUCAAAAGUAACCGAAAUGUUGUGACAACGCUAAAUUCCCCUUCAAAGAGCUGGGCUAGCACCUUCAUUGGGAGCCACGAGAAUCACAAGUUUGAAGAGGGCAAAGAGACUAAGCCUGAAUCCAAAAAGAAGAAAAUAAAGCUACUCAGAGUAAGUCGCUUUUGUUACCUGAUAUUGAUUAGGCCCAAAUGAUAUAGAACUCUGAUAUCUACCUGAUCAUCAGCUCCGAGGAUGGGAAGUCUGAGUUUAAAUUCUCCAAAAUGAGUAAGAACUAUUAAAAUA